AUGGGGCUUCAAGAGAAAACAGUUGUUGCUGAAACCAGGCUCGAUGGUCCCCACGAACCGUCUGAAGUAAAGACAAAAUCGUCCUGGAAAGGAUAUUUGUGGGACACUUGGACAUUACCCCAGGACCAGCGCCGAUUGUUGUUCAAGUUGGACGCUUUCGUAUUAACUUUCGCUUCAAUCGGUUAUUUCCUGAAGAACCUUGAUCAGACUAAUGUUAAUAAUGCGUUUCUAAGUGGGAUGAAGGAAGAUUUGCUGAUGUAUGGGAACGAGCUCGUCACCAGCACAUCCAUCUAUACUGUCGGAUAUGUUAUUGGCCAAAUCCCGUCAAACCUCUUGCUUACACGGAUCUCCCCACGAUGGGUGAUACCUAUGCUCGAGUGUGGAUGGGGAGUUGCCACAAUUUGUACCGCCUCUGUAAAGUCAUACCGGGCUCUCUACGCCCUGCGGUUCCUCGUAGGCCUCUUUGAAUCCGGCUUCUAUCCAGGCAUUCAUUACAUGCUGGGAUCGUGGUAUACACCCCGUGAGAUUGGCAAGCGCGCCAUGGUAUUCUGGCUAGCUGGCUCUAUUGGACAGAUGUUCAGUGGUUUUCUCCAAGCUGCAGCUGUAAGCAACUCAUUUUCCUCGUCCAUUUUUAAUGACUCCACAGUUGAUGGGAUAAUCACAAUCCCGCUCGCCCUGGCUGGUUUUGUGUUCUUCCCUAACAUGCCGGGUGGUGGGAAAACCUGGUGGAUAACCGAAGCGGAAAGCACUCUCUCAGUGGAAAGAAUGAAGGCAGUUGGGCGUGCCGGAAAGCAGCCAUGGACACGUGAAAAAGUGAAGAAGAUCCUCCGCAGUUGGCAUACCUAUCUGCUUCCAUUGUGCUACGUUGUCUGGAAUAAUGGCUGGGCUCAGCCAGCAAUGGGCUACUGGCUGAAGAGCUUCAACGAGACUCCAGCCCCAGUGCCGGGCACCUCGUUCUCAGUGGCCGAUAUCAACGACUUGCCGCUUCCGACUACUGGUAUUUUCGUCGUAAUGGCUUUGAUAUGGGGCUGGGUUUCAGAUGGGCCGUGUCACGGCCUUCGCUGGCCUUUUAUUUAUGUCGGUGCCGCUAUUACUCUGCUUUUCAGUGUCCUCUUGCGGCAAAUGCCGCUGUAUGAAAACAUCACCAGCCGCAUGGUGGUUUACUGGCUCAGUCAGAUCGGUAAUGGCGCAGGGCCACUCAUCCUGACUUGGAUCAAUGAAAUCUGCUCUGAUGACACUGAGAAGAGAGCAUUGAUCGUGGCAUUGGGCAAUGAUCUGGCGUAUGUGGUGCAGGCAGUUGCACCGAACUUUGUUUGGAAAACCACCGACUUUCCCGCGGCUAGGAAAGGGUACCUUUGGUGCAUCGUCAUGCAAAUCCUGCUCGUCAUGGUGACUGCUUCUAUCCAGCUUCUCCUUUGGCGGGACAGAAAGAAGGCGGCCUCGGCCAUCAAUGGAGAUCUGUUGCCAUCGCCAUCUCCUAGUGAUCACAACCCCGGGGCCUCUUCGAGUGACAUCAACGAAGGCCAGGCAGUUACCAUUAGUAAAUUCUCGCCUGUUUGA